AUGCUUAAACUAUUUUCUGGUAAAUAAAUUGUUUUAGGCAAGUUUGAAUUCUUGAAAUAUGGAGCUGAGUUUGGUUUCACUAAUGAUUUUGAAGGGUCAAAUACAAUUAAUGUAAAGGGCACAUUGAUGAAAAAGGGUAUAGUAAAACUCAUAGAAAUUAUCAAGUAGUGA